ACACGCGAGGUCAAGUGCGUCCAAGAGUUACUAUCGGGGAUAGUGAUUCAGGUGAAUAGUGGCGCUUGCAUGGACGAUGUACCUUCGAGCACGGAGAGCUGUGAAUGCUCGCGUGUCAUCAAACCAACGACUACGCCAGCACCUCAGGUAGAACCUCCACGGUAUAAACCCACGACCGGAAGCAACCAACAUCAUCGAGGACACCGUGGACAUCAGCAGCAUAGCCUACAUCACUCUACAGAGAGAAGUGAUCGCAAUGCUUUGGUUAGCACACAGAAUGACGGCAGCAGCUCACCGGCAACGGUCAUCAGUAGAGAUCAUGGUCGACAGCGGCAGGACAUGAGCCACAUCCAUCAUCGGGCAGAAUCGAAGAAAACAGGCGUUUGGUUGACGGCCAACUGGAGCGCACGAUGCUCUACGACCUGCGGUGUUGGUCUGCAGACCCGUUCGAUCUUCUGCGAUCGUAGCUCCUCGCACAACUCGGAACGUUGUGACCUCCGUCUAAUGCCGGAAACGUCUCGAGAAUGCACCAGUGAUCGAGCAUGCGAGUUUGGUGAAUGGUUUACGGGACCCUGGACUCUGUGUUCUGGUGAUUGCUUCAACUUAACUCGCUCCCGGUCGGUGCUGUGUAUACGCAACGAGCACAUUGCGCAAGUUAGCGAAUGUGAUGCCACGACACGACCCAUAUCGAACGAACCAUGUGACUCUGAGGCGUUCGAAGAUUGUAAACCUCGGUGGCACUAUUCCGAAUGGACAGAGUGUACGAAGCCAUGCGGCGGAGGCAAUCAGAGGCGUGUCGUAAAAUGCCUAGAGUUCAAUUUGCGAGCAGGAAUGCUGCAGGAGUCGGUGAGUUGCCGCUAUGCUGAUCGACCUACGGCCUAUCGGGUGUGCAAUGAGGACGCUUGCCCAUCGACGACGGCUACCACGGCGCCAACAGCUUCUAGCUCUUCGACAUCAUCUCAACCGAGCAUGGAUUCGGAUGAUUACAGCGUCGAUUUGAUGCUGAACGAUGGUGACUGUCGGGAUGAGUUCCCGAAUUGCUCGGUCGUUGUGAAAGCAAGGCUUUGUGGCUACGAUUACUAUAAACAGGCAUGCUGCGUCACAUGUCGACAACAGAGGAACUAACUUUUAAGAACUCACUCGGCAUAUUACAUUCAACUAAUGGCCAAUUGGAAAAACCUUCUUUUAUAAAGGAAGAGCCAAAUCAAAUCUUUUGACUGAACACAUCUCACAUCCUUGUAUCAUCCGAUCAAUAAAUUUGAAGAGUAAAAUCAAAAUUCUCUGGUAGAAUAUUGUUUAGUAUGGGGUACCUGCACUUAACCCACGUUGGGAACCGAAUGAGAAAUGGCAACGGAAUAUACGCGUGAACGUAACACCAGGUCACCGCUCUUCGCACUUUCCCCGUCAGUGAUAAUGUUAGCCCAGGGCAGACUUCGUUACUGGAUUCUAGAUUAAUGCGUAUGUUUGAAGUAUGUAAAGCCAUAAAUGAUCUGGACAGACGUUUAACACAUAAUUAAGAUCAUUUGUAAAAACAGGAAAAAUUCGAGCAAAUCAAUAAAACACAUUGAAAGUCAUAUUACUAA